GUAAAUCGUCUACCAUCGGAAGCGAAUCGAUUAAUUUUGCCGCUGCCAGUCGUACGUUACGGGAUGCAGAGGGCGCAGUGGCGCUAGUUCUCGCUUAACUUCCGGCUAUCGCACAUCGACUCGCCGUCUGCAGUCCGGUUGGUGCGGUGCUGACCAGCGGAAACGGCGUCUGCCUCACUGCAUUCCACUUGACAGCGCUGACUGCGCAUUUAUAACACGGGUGCACGGCAUCAAGCCAAAGACAUCACACUGAACAUUUCCCAGACAUUUUCGACGACUUGAUAUGAUGCGGAGAGCGCUUAUAUAUCCGGGAUAUUCUCGUCUCAUGUUAUGACUUGUAGAUUGAACAUUUUUUCUCCCCGUUAUAUCAUCGAUCAUUGGGGACUGAUUCAGCCAAGUGUUUGUCUGGACACAAGUGGAUAGAUCACCACGGGAUCAUAUACACAGGGUUAUAAUCCCCCUUAAUACGUCCCUGAUUUUCAAAGGAUUCAACUUCCUCCACGGGCCGUUCUUGUGCUGGAUAAUUUUACAGCAUGGAGCGCGUUGAAGAGUACCGUUCCAGCAGCAACAUGUCCCAUCAGAGUGAGGUGCGUGUGCCCAUUUUCAAGCGCGAAACCAGCGUCGUGGAGAAGGAGUUCGGGUCUAUUCGCGAGCGUUUUGAUGAGGAAAUGCGCAAGAUGGAAGACGAGAUGAACCGGUUGCGUGGCGAGAUAUUAGAGGGCAAUAAACGCCUGGAAUCCUCCUUCAAGGAAACCCGAUCCACCACCACGCGCACCACCUCAUCGCGGUCGAAUUUUGGUGACGGGAUGAGCGGAACGGAGCCGGGCAGUGAGUAUCGAACGGAGCUGAAGCAGUGGAUGGACAAUCUGGACAGCCCGCUCAUCUCCGGCCACCAGGAUAUCGCCGGUGAAGACGGCAAAUGCCUGCGUCUGCGCUUCGACGUCAGCGAGUACCGACCGGAAGAGAUCUCUGUCAAGACGGUGGACAGUAAGCUAAAAGUACACGCUAAACACGAGCAGAAGGGCGACGGGAAAUCGGUGUACCGCGAGUACAACCGGGAAUUCCUGCUGCCCAAGGGCACCGACCCGGAGCUCAUCCGCUCCACCCUGUCCAAAGACGGCAUUCUGACGGUGGAGGCGCCCCUUCCGGCGCUCCCCGGCCCCUCCGAGCACCGAAUUCCCAUCACCAACUUUUGAAGACAUUUAUGAGAACGGAAUGAGAUGGCAUACGGUUGACGUGGUUCCGGUUUGUACAGGUGUUUUUCGAAAGUGCUGUGUUUUUUCUCUUCGGUUGAUUGGUGGUUUUUUUGGAGAAGAAUUUUUCCUCACGUUAUUAUUUUCAUACCGAAAGGUCUCGGGCCCGUUCUCGCGAGAGUCGCGAGGAAAUGAUGCGAAGAAAAGAGGCGGCUUACAAUCUCAUGGUUUUUUCUCGGCAAAUUGCCGACUUCAUUAAUCUGGUAAAACGGUUUUUGGUUGUUGUACGUACCCUGAGCGGUAACACACGUUUUUGCUUUUUUUCCUUCCUUGAGGCUGUUCAAUAUUGAUUGAUUGUACGUAAUUAAAGCAAACUGUUUGUUGAA